GAGCAGUAAGGAAGAUAAUCGCGAUUGCACGCGAAAAAUACUCGUACGACAGGCGCAUCACGUAGACUAUCAUGGGAGGUCACAACAACAACGGUGAAGAGCAGAAGGUCGAGAAAGGAUACGCCACUCUCACAACUCUCAGGGUUGGAGUCAGAGCAUGGGUCGACAAGGAUGAUGAGAAGCGCAAGGCCGAGAUUCUCUCUAUACAAACACGCAGAGGCAAACCAACAUUCUAUGUCCAUUAUCAGGAUUUCAACAAGCGUCUGGAUGAAUGGGUCGCAGCAGAGCGUAUCGAUCUAUCACGAGAAGUGGAAUGGCCUCUGCCCGAGAAACCGGAUACGAAGCAAAAGAAGACGACGAGCAAGACAACAGCCAAAGCAGAGACAUCAAAAGCAAACAAGGCGCCCAAGCGAUCACGAGCAUCGAGCGUGAGGGAGCUUUCCGCGACGCCAACAGAGGCAUCUCAAUCGUCAAAGGCCGGGACUCGAAGACCGUCACUAGCCGGCAAAGACCACCGUUCUCCUUCCGUUGCCGUUGUGGCUACCGAAGCCAUCGAUGGAACACCUCAGCCAGACGGAGAAGUCGACGAUGAUACAGUAGAUCUUAUUGACGUGCAGAAUGCCGCGGCAGCCGCAAAGGCCAUUCCGGAUCACCUGUAUUCGCGCGAAGAAGAGAUUGAGAAGCUACGUACUAGCGGCUCCAUGACCCAGAACCAGACCGAAAUUAGCAGGGUGCGGAACCUGGAAAAGAUACAGAUGGGAGCUCACGAGAUUGAACCUUGGUACUUCUCACCGUACCCAGUCGAGUAUUCCGAUUGCGAGUUGGUAUACAUCUGUGAGAUGUGUCUGCUUUAUUUCGGCAACGAGAGACAGUUCAAGCGUCACAGAACGAAGUGUACAUUACUGCACCCUCCUGGCAACGAAAUCUACCGCGACGAAAUGGUCAGCUUUUUCGAGAUCGACGGACGCAGACAAAGAACCUGGUGCAGAAACCUCUGUCUUUUGAGCAAGCUCUUCCUGGAUCACAAGACUCUCUACUACGAUGUGGACCCUUUCCUCUUCUACUGCAUGACGACGCGCGACCAGCACGGCCAUCAUUUAGUCGGAUAUUUUUCCAAGGAGAAAGAAAGUGCAGAAGGCUACAACGUUGCCUGUAUUUUGACUCUACCGCAAUACCAACGCAAGGGAUAUGGUCGACUACUCAUCGCCUUCAGUUAUGAGCUCAGCAAACGUGAAGGCAAGCUGGGCAGUCCGGAGAAGCCGCUCAGUGACCUUGGACUGUUGGGUUAUCGUGCGUUCUGGCAAGAGAUCAUUGUGGAGUUCUUGAUGGAGAGCAAAGGUGAGAUGAGCGUAGAAGACAUUGGUGCGCAGACAGCGAUGACAACCAACGAUGUUCUGCACACGUUGCAAAACCUAAACAUGCUGCGCUACUCUAAAAAUCAUCAUGUCAUUGUCCUCACAGAAGCCAUCCUCAAACAACGCGAACGACAAAAGGAAAAGGAGAAGGUCAAAGGCAAACACCAGAUUGACGCAGAAAAGCUGCAAUGGAAACCGCCAGUAUUCACAGCUGCAAGCAGGACCUGGAACUGGUAGAGGUGCAGCGUUAUGUUUCGAAAAAAGAAGAGAAUGAAUUACGAAAAAGGAUGGAAGCGGGAUUAUGUUUUGAUCGUUUUCGUUUUUCUUCAUGGCAUGCUUUAAGAUACC